AUGAUUGACGAUAUGAUCACUGCGAAAAGUUUCAGUCAGGACAUUCUGGAUAAGGCUGAAACGCUCAAGUGAGUCCUUUCCUCGAUGUUUUUCUAUUGCCCUUUCUUUUUCAGAAUUUCCAUUCCACUAAUUCCAAAAGAGCUCGAUUCGCCGUUCUUUUUUGCGCGAUUCUUGACGGCCAACAGUGGAGACGUCGAGAAGACCCAUCAGAAGAUUCUUCAGCUUCUGGAGCACAGAAAACUGCUGGGAUACCACGAAAUAAGCGAUUUGGAGAUAUUCACUUCAAUCGACAUUGGAAAAGACUGUUUCGAGGUAUGAUAGAUCGAAGAUCCUUAACAAAAAAAGUAGAGAAAAGGAAUCUGCAGAGAUUCAACAUUUCACAACUGGAUUACGAGGUCACUUCGAGGAAUGUCCACGUGUUUGUACAGAAGAUGGAGGGAACGGACAUCAAAGAAAUCCUGAAGAUCAUGCCGUUGAGCUACGUCAUUCAUUCGUACUUUAUGCUCCAGGAAAACUUCUCUAGAGCCAUGGCUCACACGGAACGGGCUACUGGGAACACUUCGUCAGUCGUUUGCAUUCUCGACUUGAAGGGACUCAACCUCGUCGAUUUUAUGAACCCGUUAUCAGGUCCUGCUCAGUUGGCGAGGCUCGUCGUGCAAGUGUGGGCUGAGUAUUUCAGUGAGCAUGUAAGUUAUCACACUGCAUUCUCACAUGCAUCAGACAAUGAUUUUUCCAGUUAUGCAAACUGCUGCUGAUCAACCCACCGGGAAUUAUCUCUGUGAUGUGGCAAGUCACGAAACGUCUAGUCGAUCCCAAGACUGCUGAGAAGCUGGCGUUCUUGAGCAAUGUUGAAGACUUGAAAAAGUAUUUGGAGCCCGGGGCGAUUCCAGUCGAGUAUGGAGGCACUUAUCGAGACGAUUCGGGGUACGCGCACCCUCCAGAAGGUGUUUGCAAACCGCCGAAACGUAUUGCAAAGGACGAAUACAAAGCGCAAGAGCAUAUUUGGAUAGAAAAUGGCAUUCUGAAAGCGCCGAAAGGCAAGGGUCUCUCGAUCAAAUCGUUUCAAACAGCCGAAUACACAGUGUAAGUGUUAAAUUGUAAUUGGUUGUUCGGAAUCGUGACGGUAAGACAAUUGUUCUUUCUUUUCAGUAAAACAUCGACGACCGGCAAACUGGUUUGGAGUUACACGACGAGUGGAGACGUUGACUUCGAGAUAGUGCGGAGAGACGCUGGCAAGGAAGUGGCCAUCUGGCCGAAGAUCACCAUCACCAGCCUCAAGGUGAGUCCGGCGUUCCACCCGUCACUCACGGUCCUUUUCAGCUGCCCGAGUACGGAGAAAAGACGGUGGCGCCGGGGGAGUACAUUCUAAAGUUCACGAACCCAUCGAAUACGUGGUUCCCCGUGAAGAUCACAUGCGCUGCCGAGAUUUUGAAUGAAUAA